CGUCGAAAUAUGGCGACGACUAAACAAUUUGUGUAGUCGACAGUGCAAUAGUUUUUGAGGAAUAACUUGGAGACUAUACUUUAUCACGCGUUGAAAUUUCAUAGGGCGAUUGCAGAGGGUUUGAAGAGUCAAGUGUCAAGAUGGGACGCGGAAGUACCAAUAUGGGUCAGAAUACCCCUGGCCUUCUGCUGGAGUGCGAAACCGAGGAGCUCUCUCAGGCACAGAUCAGCAAGAAGAAGAAAGCUCAGGAUGAUAUUCACCGACUCCAUAUCUUGCUAAAUAACACACUGAAUAAUGUACAGUCUGAUAAUACUGGGACUCAAGCCAUGGUGAAUGGAGGCAGUGGGGUACCAGCUGGACAGGUGGUAACCACAGCCAGUCAACCAAUCACUAGUGGCACAAAUGUGGUUGGUCUGCAAAUGCCUCAUUUCUUGCUCCUCCAAAAUGGCCAGAUGAUAGCAACAACUGCCCUUGCUUCAAAUGGUCAAAUUUGCCCCACAACUUCAGCUAACAAUACCACAGUAGUGCAGUCCAAUCAGCAGGUGUCAGCUGUCCUUUCUUUACCUCAGCCGGUGUCAGUUGCCAGUAAGCCAAAGAAUACUGCAACCCCACCUGUAGUGAGUCGACCUACAAGAGCAACAAGAACAAUGACAAAAUCUGUGUUACCAAGCCCAAGUGCAGGCACCCCAGACAUACAGGUGCUGCGUGAAAUGAGAACGCCACCCCAGUCUCAAGCUUCUUCUGCAUUGGGGAUGUUCUCAGACCCCAAGGUACUAACAAUGAGCGGAGGUUAUGUGUGGCUCAGCGAGUGCUGUGGGAAGAAGUAUGUAUCAGUGUUCAGUGGCUCCCUCUUUGGCUCCACACCCAUCGACAAGGUUCCUCCUACUUCAGUGUUGAAGCUUAUUUACCACUGGUCAUGCCAGACUUCCAUAGCCAAUGUAGAAACUUGGGUCAAGGUGGACAGAAACUUCAUCAACAAGAUGUACCAGUAUAUGAGAUGUAUUUGCUCUGUCAUGCUCCAAGAUAAGGUGUAUGACUUUGGUUUUGAUGGGACUACAGUGGAAUUGGGCAUUGUAAGCCUUGGCACAAGUACAGCUGACGGCACAAAGAAGGCUGUGAAGGUUGAGAUCCUAGGCCUCUAUGAUCGUAAAAUGAAAUCUUAUCGGUUAUUUGCAUCAGAACCUGAGCCAGGAAGUUCUUCUCGGCAGAGAUUUAUUCGCAUAUUGAAACCCAUGGAGUGUGUCGUCCAUGCCAAUGCAAUUAUUUUGUGUGAUCUUUCUGUUGAUAGGAACUGUCUGUAUAACAUGAAUUAUGCAAAGGUGAGCGUUUGUGAAACCAGUGAUAAUGAAGAUAACCUCCACUCAAAUGCUAGGAUCAUGUCUUACUUAAGACGGCAUGUUCCUAAAAUGUUCCAGAGCACACUAUCGCAGCUUACCCUUCAACAAGUACAAGUGGUAUUGGAUGAGCUGUGUUGGCGUGAACGUUAUGGGCAUAGUGCUGCUCAGUCAUAUAACAACAUGAUGGAACAUAUUACAUACCUCACUGCAAAGGAAGCAGAAAACCCUGGUGUGCUGCACCUCCUGGACUUUGUGUCUCAGAAUCCUCUCAAGAACUGGCGGUACAAGAGCCAGCAUUUCCCAAGGAAUCCCACAGCCCUUCAGCCCUCAGUCAUCAUGACCAGCCCGGGACCCAGUGCCAUCACUCCACAGAUCAGUGUGGAACGUCCAGUCUCCAGCAGAACACAGUAAUAAAGUUACUCUGGCACCAAGAAAGACACAAAGCAUUCCAGCAGAAUUACCAAAGAAAGCUCCAAAGCCUGUCAGUGCAUCAGUUGCCAACUCGCCUGAUGCAGUGGAAUUGGAACCAUUCUACUAUGGCCAAAUUCAGGGAGACAGAUCACUUGGACAGGAAGUUAAUACUUACACAUACACCUGCCACAUCUGUCAGAAAGACUACAAGAGCAAUCUAGCAUUCUAUGCUCAUCUCAAACUUCACCUCAAUCGAGUUGAUCCAGAUAACAAAUUUUGUUGCAAUUACUGUACUCAAUAUUUUGAUUCAGAGAAGAAACGAGAUUACCAUCACAAAUAUUUUCACCUGCAGAUGGACAAUCGAUAUACAUGGUGUCGCAUCUGCACAGAGAGCUUUCAGGGAGAGUACCAGCUGGUGAACCACAUGGCAAAGAAGCAUUAUGAGAGUGAACUGCCGUACCGCUGUGAAGUCUGUAACUUUGCCACGUCUAUUUACUAUAGCGUUAUUGACCAUUUCAAAAAGUCAGCAAGCUCCUUCUCACACAGGAUGUACCAACAUUUACAGAAACAUGCAUCACAACAAGGAAACUGUAGAUUCUGUUGUCUAACUUUCUAUAGUAAAUACUUGUUAGAUGAACACAAGAAGAAGGAUCAUGUUAGUCGUGCACAUGUAACUGGUUUACAAAGGUAUAAAGUCCCUCAAGGUGCCAACAAAAUUCUUUUCCGUCCAUGCGUGAAACGUGGACAGCCACGCCCAAGCACUGAUAACACUCCUGGCAGCCAAACCCCAUCAAAUAUCGUUGCAAUCUCCUCAACUCAGCAAUACCUGGACAAUGUAACUGUCAACACUGGAGAUGAUGACAAAACAUACUACUGCAUUGAGUGUGAUGCAAGCCUUACAUUAGAACACCAUUUCAAAGCUUAUCAGAAGUGCACCAAGUGUACAUAUGCUACUUGUUGCCGAAGUAUGAUAAGUAAACAUGCUCACGUGUUUCAUCCAAUGGGAAGGACUAGGAGAACUUACUAUAAUUUAGGCCCACCAGUUGUUCUUCCGAAGCCACUGUAUUGUAUUUGUGGCUUUAACACACGAAGUGGGAAUCAUCUUGCUCGACAUUUGGCACUCUGCGAUGGGGGCAGGAAGUCUGCCUACCCCUCUGUGAUGGAUGCCAUGGUGUACCGGGGAGACCACUUAACUGGAGGAGCCGUAUCCCUGGCUAACUUGGGUCUCAGCGGCCUGGCACUGAGUGGCAUGCUGUCCCCAGAUCUGCUUCCCCAAGCCUCUGACGAGCCAGGAACUGAGACCUCCUUAGACAUGACGCAUUUCAUGAGCAUGAGCAUGGAGGUGGAUGACGAAUGAUGAUCGCCCUGAACUAUGUGUGAGCUCACCAGAGGUUCACACGCCAGAGGACACACCACUUUGGCAAUGGAAGGGUGUGCACACUGCUGGAGGCAGCACUGCAGAGGGAAAGAGGCAAGGGUGAUAUAUUGUGCAGUGUCUCCCUGUGCCCAGCUCCAUGCUUCUAGGAAUUCCAUAGGCUUCAGGGAGCUCACUGAAUGUCCAUUGGAAAGUAGAUCCAAUUGUCUUGUAAAUAGAUACAUUUCUUUUACAAAGUAGAAAUAAAUAAGUAAUUAUA